GAAUUGUAUUAACAACUAUUGAUUGUUCCCACUUUGUUGGUUUCUCUUUAUUGCCUGGACCACUCCUAUCUCUGUCAAACUUUGUUUGGUUUUGAAGAGACUUUCAAGUUCUUGAUGAUAUGAUUUGGGAUGACUAUAUCUAUUACUUGUUUCGAAGUUUAUAUGGGUGGAUACGAGUGGGUGGACCACUCCUGUCGCGAAUUACUGCUUCCCCUUCCUUAUUACAUCCUAUCGUCGAUUACUAAAAAAAAGGAAAGAUUGUGAUUGUCGAUACAAAGCUGAUAAGCGUUGGGAAAAUGUGUUCUACCACCCUCCAGACGCCAAGUGCGAAAUUGUCACUUCAAUUGUCAGCGUCUGAAAUUAUACCGGGCUGCCUCAUGCCAUCGUAGUCAAGUUGAUUUUGACAUGUGGCCAAUAUGGUUACAGCUGAUCAAGCCGACACUAUGAUUGAACUGAAAAGACAAAUGAUAUGGUUCAGCACGGAGUUUCACCGAAAUCUGAAUGCUUUCCUGCUUUCCUGUCCCAUUUCGGGAAAACUCCUUCCUGGGCCGUAUCAUUUCUGACUGAAAACAGCAUCAAAAACUCAUUCUUGUGGAAACUCAACUAGGACAAACUCAACUAGUAAUGUCUAAGUCAAGUUUGGUUGUCCUGCUUUCUCGUACAUUCAUAAGCCUUCUUCUCCCCCUAACCGCUGCCCAAUAUUGUUCCUAUCCCGGCAAUUUCACUAGUAGCAGCACAUACGGCACAAACCGUGACCGGAUCGUCUCUUCGCUCAUGCAGAAUGUCCAUGACAACCUUGGAUUUUACAACGCAACCCUGGGGCAAGGCUCGGACACUGUUUAUGCCCUCGGACUCUGCAGGGGCGACCUUUCUAACAUCACUUGUAUGUACUGCAUCAGUAAAGCUAGCCUGGAUAUAUUUGUGCAGUGUCCUAACAAGAUAGAAGCAAUUGCUUAUGGAGACCCUUAUCCGUGUAUUAUCCGGUACUCUAACAAGUCUUUUUCCGGGGCCAUGGACAGCCGACCAGCCAAAUUCCUACAUGGUGCAAGUAACAUCACAGACCAUAUCGAUGAAUUCGAUCAGGCGUUGAAUGAUUUGAUUGACAAUCUUAUAAUCAGGACAGCUGCGGGUAAUGCUUCACUUAAGUUUGCAAUGGGUACAACAAAUUAUAUCCAGGAUGAGAAUAAUACUGUGUAUGGACUUAUGCAGUGUGUCCCUAGCCUUUCAUCGGUUGAUUGUAGCAGAUGUCUGAGGGGAGCUGUGGACGAUUACCGAAGUUGUUGUCUGAAGAAAAAAGCAGUGAAUAUUAUGAGACCAAGCUGUUUGUUUCAAUACGAUUUGUCCCCGAUUUCGGAAUCUUCUGCUGGUGCAGCACCCCCGACGCCAGCCCCUCCACCGGCACACACUUUUGCUCCUCCUACGCCAUCAACAAACGUGACAACAAAGCAAGACAAUAAGAGUAGCAUGUUGUGGCCAACUAUUGUUAUUGUUAUGGUUGCAGUGAGUAUCUCUUUGGUACUCACAGCCCUUGCCUGUGUGUUGCUCCGAUUAAGGACGAGAAAGGAUGUCAAGCAUGGGAAACUUGGAAGGAAGGAACAACUUCAAAUCUCAUAGACCCCACAUUGAGGUCUAAUUCGGGUUUUAUGAGGGAAACGAUAAGAUGUAUUUACAUUGGGUUAUUGUGCAUCCUGGAAAAUAUUGCGGAACGACCGACUAUGGCUUCAGUUGUUCUCAUGCUUAGUAGCUUUUCCCUCAACCUUCCGGUACCGUCAGAGCCAGCAUUUUUUUGGCUUAGUGGUAGAACCAAUUCAGAGCUACCAUUGCUUCAGGAGCAUAGUUCUGAAUUGGCCGUAUCGGGUCAUUCAAUAAAUGAAGUAUCAAUUGCUGAGUUGUGUCCUCAUUAAAUUCUUAAGAUGUGAUUUCAGCUAUAAGCAAAUAUGUUUGAACUAGGAUGAGAUUUUCAGCAAUAAGCAUAAUUGUUAAUUUCUAUAAGAGGAAUGCUAUUUG